AUGACCAAUCCUGAAGUUGUAUGUAAAUUUUAUUUUGAAGAUAUUGAACAAAAUCGUAAGAUGUUAUUUAACAAAUCUAUAGCUGCUACAAAGAAUGGAAGAGUUCUGUAUAUAUUACCAGAAGAACUUAACGAACUGCCUCAGUUAUCACAAGAUUUGAAUCAAAUUGAUAGGCAUUAUAUGAAAAUGAUUACUUUUAUUUAUGCACCCUGCAUAAAGUCUCUUUUAGAAGCACCACAAAUAUUAUUUGGAGAAGAUACUUGUGACUUCAUCAAAGAGAUGUAUGCGCAUACUUUUAAAUAU